CCGAUCUCUUCCUGCCCCACAUCCUUCUCCUACCACAAAUCAAUCUUCUCCUCCCAACACAAUCAAUCUUCUCACACAACCAAAACAAUCAACCAACCACACCACACCACACCACACCACAAACCACAUACCACAACCAUCAUGGCCCCCAGAACCGGUUCCCAGUGGGACCACAAGUCGGAUAAAGACCUCCUGCUCUCCAUAAUUGACACCGGCUCUCUCAAGGGAAUUGACUGGAAGAGCAUCUCUGAUAAAAUGAAACAAAAGGGCCAUACCUUCACACACGAAGCUUGCCGACAACACUUCCAAAAGCUCCGCAAGGAAGCCCGGCCCGGCGAAGGUGACGACGGCGGAAACUCCCCCAUCAAAUCCAACAGCGCCAAGUCCACGCCGCGCAAGCGCAGCAAAACCCAGAGCGCCUCCUUCAGCAGCAACUCAUUUCAGAACGAAGACGACGAUGAGGAGUUGAUGACGCCCGUCAAGCGCAAAAAGACGGAGGUCAAGCCCGAGCAGGAGAAUGGUGGCUUUCCUGGCCAGACCGCCCCGCUGUUCAAGAUCGAAGCUCUCGAUGACAAUGAUCCCGUUUUGUUGGAUGACGAUGAUCUCUAUGCAGUUUAAUACGCUUGAGAUGAUCAGAGGCCCCUCCCUCUCCUUCGACCUCCUUGUGUUAUACGGCUAG